AUGCUUCAUAUACUUCGCAAAGCAAAAGCCUUGGCCAAGACGAGCAGCGUCGCGCCGAACCGAAGAAAUACGCCCAAGGAGGAGGAGAUCGAUGUGCGUGCUCACGAUGAAACGCUCACUCGCACCAGCUCUUUCUCUCGUCCGCCGACAUUGGCGCAUGCUGCGGGGAACAGCGACAACCCGUCGGCGCACAUCGCUCGCGACAAACACGAGCACAUGCAGCAAGCAACAACGAGCACAACCGGCCACUCGCCGCCGUCUGAAAUCAGCUCUCCCCCCGCUUCGGCGACGAGCGGCUCGCAGCAAGGCCACAGUCGCCCGCGCAGUUGUGACGAAUGUGGCCGCUCGACGGGUCGCACGACGCCGGUGGAGCCGGGAGACUGCUUUCCUGCCAGCGCCGCUGCGGCGGAGCAGGGGCCGACGCCGACGCAAAAACAGGAGCAUCAGCAGCAAUGCCAUGGACUCAAGCACACCCCUUCUGCAUCCAAUAGCGAUGGGCCUGGAGCGAUGCACAGCGAUGGAGCCUCUGCAACCAGCUCGAGCAGCCGCGCUGUGGAACAGCAGCCCCGCAGCGGCAGAGUGGCUUCGACGGCAGGGCAAGCCGCUGCCGAUGGCAAGGCGCCCAUGCUCCGCCUUGCCGAGCCGGGCUCCGGCAAUGUUGCCGUGCACCCGGACUUGCCGAGCCUGCUGAAGCUCUACGGAACCGCCAGCAGCAGCGCGUGGACCGAGCCACAGUAUCGCACGUGGAGGCAACGGCCUGAGGCACAGUCCGAGCAAGCAAAGCCAGGCCAGAGCUCCGUUCCGGGGCGCGGAGCACUCAUCGGCUAUCUCGUCAAUGGAUCCGACGCGGAGCACCAGUUUGCCAUGGCGUGGGGGAAUCCGCUGUGUCCUGCGGAGCAGUACGAGAGCGUCGCAAGGGCGUGGAUUAACCACGUCCAGAGCGAAGGCAAGAAGCCGAUGUGGUGCUGCGUGGACAAUGAAUUUAUGAAAGUCUUGUCGCAGCAGCCGCUCGAGUGGUCCGCCAUCACGUGCAUCAAGGAGGAUGUCGUUGACCCCUCGACGUUCGCCCUGCAUUCCCUGGAGCGAUUCGUGCGCAACAAGCUCAACAAGGCGCACCGCAAGGGUCUGCGCAUCAUCCGCGUCGACAGGCGCUUCCCUGACCCUGAGCGUGACGGCAGCAGUGCUCUGACGCGCGACGAGGUCGAGAAGGGCAUUGUCCGCUGGAAGCGUCGCAAGGCCGGCAAAGGUGCGCAGAUCCACAUCUCGGAUACGGAACCGUGGAGAGACCUGGAGAACCGGACAUACUACUACGCUGUGGCACCCAUCCACCCGCUGCAACAGGAGGCCAGCGGCAAGGGCGAAUCCAAAGCGAAGGAGGCCGCCCUGCAGAAGCACUCCGCCAAGCAUGAACGUCAGCCAGGAUCGAAAGCGCAGAAAGAGGAAAAGCUGGUCGGCAUGGUCGUGCUCACACCUGUGCGCGAUAGCACCGUCGUCGUCAAGUGGCUGCUCGAGAUGGACCCCGAGGUGAAGGGCACAUCCGAGUCACUGAUGGUGCACGUCCUCGAGCAGCUGCGCGACGAAGGCCAGGCCGACACCGCGCACGCAUGCAAGCGCGUCACGUUCGGCAUCUCGGCUGGCGACCUCAGGCCGAUCGCACACGCGUCGGGCUGGAAGAUGCACACUCUCAGCGCGGCGUACAACGCUAUCAGCCACACGUUCCACCUCGGCUCGAAGAGCUCGUUCGCAGCAAGUUUGGCGCCAUGGAGGAUGUGCAGUACAUCUGCUAUCCGCAGCAAGACGUCAUGGGCCGCCAUGCCAUCGACGCGCUCGUCGGCGCCCUCAAAGAGGACACGGAAGGACUGCAAGCGCACGGCGAGGCGGAAGGCGCGCAGCGAGGAUCUGAACGCGUCAGUCGCUCUUUUAGCAGCAGCCGCUAGAGAGCCGUACCCCCUGGCAGGACAACAGUUCGAUCUCCCCACCCCUCAAAAGGCGCUCUAA